UGUAUUCGUUACAAAUACCUGCAAUACUACCUCAUCCAUUUCAAAAUUGUGAUUUUUUUAGUAUCGGGUUUGGCUUUAUGGUUCUUGGAUGUCUCUGAAUUACAUAUAAUUCCCCUAGAAAGUUAUCCGUUCUGUAUUUUGCAGGGUUAUCGUCUGUUAGACUAUACUGCACUAACAGCAAAGUCGUUUGCUUGCAGCCUGCAGAUGUGAUGUUCAGCAAACUCUUUCGGAGGCUGCAGAGUACAGUGGGAUAGUUUUUAUGUUUUCGCACUGUUAAUUUUGGCCGGUGGUUUCGUUGGAAUUGUUAAAACUUGCAACGUCAGGAUGAAGAAUUUUUUGCCCGUUUUUUUAUUUGCUUUAUUUAAAGUUUCCGUGAUUCUAUCAGAUACCCAAGUCUUACGGCCUCGUGGAGUGCCUCUUACCAAAGCCGCCUUAUAUGAUGGAUCUAAGCCUUUUACUUGUUUUGAUGGAUCAAACCAGAUUCCCUUUGCUUAUAUUAAUGAUGACUUUUGCGACUGCCACGAUGCAUCGGAUGAGCCUGGCACAUCGGCGUGUGCUCAAGGAUUUUUUCAUUGUACAAAUAGAGGCUAUCGGUCCAUUGAUAUUCCUUCCGGUCGUGUUAACGACGGAAUUUGUGAUUGUUGUGAUGGAAGUGAUGAAUACGAUGAAACCAAAGUUUCAUGCUCCAAUACAUGCUUGGAAAUGGGAAAAGCCAUGCGCGAGGAAGCUGAACGACAACGAGAACUCAUGCGAUCUGGUUUCAAAAAGCGACAGGAGAUGAUCGAUUCAGUAAAGAAUCGCAAGGCCGAAAAAACUGCUGCUUUCGCCAAUCUGGAACUCCAGGUUAAAGACUUGGAGCCACAAAAAGAGCAGCUGCAGAAAGAAAAAGAAGCUGCGGAAGAGCUAGAAAAGGUAGCCAAGGACAAACACAGGGAUGCGUGGGAAGCGUUCAAGAAGGAACGAGACGAGACGCGAGAACGAGCUGCCGCUGAGGAAUCCUUUAAAUUCUUCUCUCCGGAUCAGAGCCCAUUAACCGCGGAAGGUUUAUUAUCAAAACUAGUUAAAGAAGGAGAAAAUCUAAGCGAUGACCUGCAGCAGUUCAUUAAGGGACUGUCGAAUGUGGACUUCGAGAGUUAUCUCACCUCAGUAUGGCCGAAAAUUAAAGAUACCUACAAAAGCGUCCAAGCGUCGCUCUCAGAAGCAACAACAGCUUCCCCUGUAGUGCCAACCGAAGUAGCCCCGGAAGCAGAAAAGGAUGAUCACUUAAUGGAUCCGUAUGACGAAGAAGAGCGGGAAGCGGAAGAUGACCACGCAUACCAUCCAGAAGACAGUGCCGCACUAUCGCCCGAUGAAGACAAAAUGCCGGAUUACAGUCCUGAAACUCGCCAGUUGAUUGAUACCGCCGAGAAAGCUCGGAAGGAUUUUACAGAAUUUGAUCUGCGUGUUUUUAAGCUAAACGAGGAGAAAACUGCGAUUAAGAAAUGGCUGGACAACGAUUAUGGGCCGGAUUUUGUUUUUGCUGCUUUGGAGGACACAUGUCACGAGUACACAGACCGCGAAUACACAUACAAGUUGUGCCCGUUUGAUAGAGUAACGCAGAAAUCCAAGGAUGGUGGUAGUGAAACCGGGCUGGGUAAAUGGGGCAACUGGGAGAAUGGAUAUAAGGAAAUGAAGUAUACGGACGGUGCCAGGUGCUGGAAUGGUCCGGCUAGAAGUACGAAAGUUAUUCUGGAAUGUGGCGGAGAAAAUCAGCUGAUUUCCGCAUCGGAACCAAAUCGUUGUGAAUACCAGAUGACGUUCCGUACACCGGCUGUGUGCACGGAACCAACCCAAAACGGCACGGAACAUCUAGGACUUCAUGACGAACUUUGAUCGCGUGCAUCGCUUUAAUGAAAAUUUAAUGCAUUUUGUUUGUUUUUUAUUUAAGUUGUUGUUCGAUUCCAUUGAGCUUUCAUAUGAUUCGCAUAAAUUUCAUACUUUGAGAUCUUUUAUGAUGUGCGUAAGAAUAUCCAAUGAAUUCCCAUCUGCUACUUGGAAGUACGGGUUUUUUAUAGAACUUCCGCGUACCUGAUGUUUUUGCUAACUUAUUUCCGAAUUUUGUAAACAUUGUUCACCUUUCGUUAGUCACAAAAAUGCAUUCCGGAUAAAUCGAUUGCUGUUG